CGGUCGAAGCAGACUCAGUUGACAAACCUCCCUGCAGAAGGACAGUUCAGCUGCGCCAUAAUAGCAGCAAAACAGAACAAAAUGGCUCAAGCUCUACUUCUACUAGCAUCGCUGCUGUUCUUCAGCAAUGUGGCUCACUGUGAUUUCUCUCCAACACUUAUUGCGGAUAUGGCAAAAAUUCUGAUGGACAACUACUGCUCACCAGAAAAGCUCGCCGGCAUGGAAGAGGCAAUUGACGCUGCAAGCAGUAACACGGAGAUCCUCAGCAUUUCAGAUCCUGCCUCCCUUGCCAAUGUUCUGACUGAUGGGGUUAAACAAACUAUUUUUGAUUCCAGAGUGCAAGUCACAUACGAGCCAGGUUUCGUACCUGUAAAACCCCCAGCUAUGCCUGACAUCCCACCAGAGCAACUGGCCGAAAUGAUCAAAGGCACUGUCAAAGCUGAGGUCCUGGAUGGUAACAUUGGCUACUUGAAGAUCCAACACAUCAUUGGAGAGGAGAUGGCUCAGAAAGUUGGGCCUGUUUUGCUGGAGUACAUCUGGGACAAAAUCCUCCCAACAUCCGCGAUGAUUCUUGACUUCCGCAGUGCAGUCACUGGUGAGCUGUCUGGAAUCCAAUACAUUUUGUCCUACUACACCGAUCCUGAGCCUCUUAUCCACAUUGAUUCUGUGUAUGAUCGCACCUCCGAUGUCACCAUAGAGCUGUGGUCCAUGCCGACCCUACUGGGAAAAAGGUAUGGCACCUCCAAACCCUUGAUCAUUCUGACAAGCAAGAAUACUCUUGGGAUUGCAGAAGAUGUUGUGUAUUGCCUUAAAAACCUUAAAAGGGCCACCAUCGUUGGGGAGAACACAGCUGGGGGAAGUAUAAAAAUCAACAAAAUCAAGGUGGGUGACACUGACUUCUAUGUGACUGUGCCAGUUGCUAAGUCUAUGAACCCCAUCACUGGCAAGAGCUGGGAAGUCAAUGGAGUGGCACCAGAUGUUGAAGUUACUGCAGAAGAUGCCCUUGACGCUGCAAUUGCAAUCAUUAAACUCCGUGCUGCAGGGUUGGUUCAGGCGGCAGCCACACUGGUUGCAGACAACUAUGCAUUUCUGAACAUCGGGGACGAUGUUGCUGAGAAGCUGGGAGCUGUUGCGGCCAGUGGGGAAUACAACCUGAUCUCCACAAAGGAAGAACUGGAAGCAAAGCUCUCUGCUGACCUCCUAAAACUGUCAGGAGACAAGUGUCUGAAGGCCAUCCCCGCACUUCCUCCAAAGAAUCCCAUGCCUGAGAUGUUCAUUGAGCUCAUCAAAGUUUCAUUCCACACUGAUGUAUUUGAAAACAACAUUGGUUACCUUCGCUUUGACAUGUUUGGAGACUUUGAACAUGUUGCUAAGAUCAUUGCGGAGCACGUCUGGAAUAAAGUGGUUGACACUGACGCGCUGAUCAUUGAUUUGAGGAACAACGUCGGUGGGUCCACCUCCUCCAUUGCUGGCUUUUGCUCAUACUUCUUUGACGGUGACAAGCAGAUUGUGCUAGACCACGUGUACGACAGACCCUCCAAUACCACAAGAGAUCUUCUGACCCUUACACAACUCACAGGCAGGAGAUACGGCAGCAAAAAGAGCGUGAUAGUCCUCACCAGUGGUGCGACCGCUGGUGCCGCUGAGGAGUUUGUUUUUAUCAUGAAGAGGCUGGGACGUGCAAUGAUUAUCGGUGAAACAACCCAUGGAGGUUGUCACCCCCCAGAGACCUUCAGUGUUGGCGAAAGCGACAUCUUUCUAUCUAUUCCAAUCAGCCAUUCAGACACUGCUCAGGGCCCUUCGUGGGAGGGUGCUGGCAUUGCCCCUCACAUUCCAGUGCCCGCUGAUGCUGCCCUCGACACAGCAAAGGGCAUCCUCAAUAAGCAUUUUUCUGGCCAACAAUAAGUUGUUCUCCUAAGCCUGUUAUGGAAGCCAAAUGAUAUUGCAAAUUAGUUAUUUAGAAGGAUGGCAUGUUGUGAAGAUGCUGUCAUGAUCUGUGUAGAUCUUUAAGGUAAUGUUUAGAAAGUACCUUUUUCUAUUCCUUUUCUUUGUUUCUGUAUUAUUUCGAACCCAAAGCAUGCAUUCUUUCAAGCACACUUGGUGGAGGAGAAUGCAGUCAAUGUUCUCAAAGUAAUAUUCAGUUUAGGCCUGUUCUAAACUUGAAGAUAUGUGUUGGGUUAUUUGUGAACUAGUUUCCUUCGUGCAAAAUGUGUAAAAUUUGUUUACGCUUGCGUUGUAAACACCUAUACACAUGCAUAUUAACAAACUGAAAAAUUUUCUUGAACUUGAAUCUUUUUCAGUAUAACUGGGGAAAAUUGCGACUUUGGAGUUAUAUUGAAACCAAAUGUUAAAACGUAAUAAAAACCACAUGGAAACUGUUCUAAUUGUAAUGUGUUUUAAAGAUUAAAUCAAAAAUUCCUUACAACUGAGGUAAAACGGGUUUAACAAACAUAAACCAAUUCCAGACAUACUUAUGUUUCUGAAA